AUGCGGCUGCCAGAAGGCGGGAGUGCAGCACAGCGGAGGCUGCUGCAGCAGGGGACGUCCCCAGCGCUGCUGUCUUCCUACCCGGGGCAGGAGGCAGAUUCUGCCGAUUCGAAUGCAGGUUCAAAUCCGCAGCCGCUGUUUCCUCCUCCGCCGGCGCCAGCCAGGACCGACGCUGACGUGGCCGGCCAGCGGCUGCAGUUCUCACCCAACGCUGAGGCUGCCACAUUCAGCGCGGUGGAUGUGAAUGGGGGGCCCUCGGUCACAGUCGUGGACAACAGCCCAGGCCUGCCUGCUCUCGGAGCAUAUCCUGGCGCGGCGUCGGCGGAUCCAGUCAUCUCUGCGCCGCCGGCAUUCCCAGACUUUGCCUCGCCCGACACGGCCGGCGCCGCCGGCCCGCCUGCGGAGCAGGGAACACCGCCGACCGCAGUCUUCAGCAAUGCGGCGGACGCGGCGGCUGCACCGGUGCCGGCCGCGGUGCCGACAGCUGCGCCGCAGGCGGCAACGGCAGCUGCGCCGCAGGCGGCAAUGGCAGCUGUGCCGCCUGCUGCUGCCGCUGCGGUACCGCCACCGCAGGCAGCGGCCGCUCCCAAGGGAGCAGCUGCAGCCGUGCCGCCCAGUGCUGCAACAGCAAAGGCGCCGGCGCAGGCCACACCUGUGCCGACACAGUCGCGGACGCCAACACCAGCAGCAACGCCCACCGCCAAGGCCCCCGCAAAGGCUGCAGCAGCCCCCACUCCGUCGGCCAGGCCUCCGGCGAAAGCGGCGCCGGCAACAAUUCCUGCACCCACAUCCAAGGCAGCAGCCGCUCCAAGUCCUCAGGCAACACCAGCUGCGCAGCCGCCAGCGGCAGAGUCGGCCACAGCAGUGCCAGACUUGGCCGGACUGUUGACAGAAGCAGCUCCUGCACCCGCGCCUACAUCAGCGGAUGAGGUCGCAGCGGCGCUGAGUCAGUUCUCGCCGGGGGCGCUGGCCCCGGUGACUCAGCAGAACCUGAGCUCGCUCGCGUCAGCGGCCGGCCAGGACCACAGCAGCGUCAACGGGCAGAACCUCACCGCCCUCGGCGGUGCGAACGUUGGCGGGCUCGUGGGCUCUGCGUUGGGUGGAGGCAAUACCCUCGCUCCUGCGCCGGCGCCGCUCGCGGCACAGCUUAUCAACAGCGUCGUACCGCCGUCUGCCGCCAUCCCGACGCCUGAUCAGACGCCUGCCAGCGCAGCAGCAGCCACUACUGCGGCUGAGCCGCCCACUGCAAAGGCAGCACUGCCUCCUGCACCAGCUGCAGCAAUUACAGACGAGGCAGCGGCCGCAGCUGCGCUGGAGAAUCUGGCGAACCAGGCGAGCUCGCCUGCGCAGGCGACCGACGCGGCCCUGGCGGCCGCACUCGCUGCAGCCGCCACGCCGCCAGCUCCAGCGCCUCGGCCCGCUGCGGCCCGCAAGCCUUCCGCGCCCAUACCAGCGCCGCUGAAAGCGCCGGCUCGCGCACCAACCCGCGCACCAGCGGCAGCACCAAAAGCUACCGCUCCGGCCCCGCGAGCGGUCAAGAGUAAUACCGCGGCCCCGCCUGCGCAGCCGCCAACGGCAGAGCCGGCCCCUGUGCCUGCGGCGUCCACGGAUGACUCAUCCGCUGCAGCGCAGGAUCUGGCGGAGGCGGCCAGUGCACCAACACCAGCACAGGGCGCCGACGACGCCGCGGCACUGGCGGCAGCCCUUGCUGCAGCCAAUACGCAGCCUCCAGCACCCGCGCCAGCGCCGGCGCAGUCAACUGCGGCCCCAACACCCAUGCUGGCGGCGGCAGACGCCGCCGCGGCCGCUGUUGCGGCCCUUGCGGCGGCCAGCCAGGCUCCGGGGGCCUCUCAAGCCGCUGUUGAUGCUGCAAUCGCCGGCCAGCUGGCUGGCGCACCGGCCCCCAGCCCGGCCGGUGGCCCCGCUGCGAGCGGCAUUACACCGACCUCGGUCGCCCUCGCACCGUCCUUCUACGACUCCAUCGGGACCGGUGGCGCUCGCAGGAAAUCACCGGUGCCAGCAGCAGUACUUGCGCCGUUGCUUGCCCCUGCUCCGGCACCAGUAUUGGUGCCUGCGGCAGCUCCUGUGCCUGCACCAGUAGUGACCCCAGCUGCUGCGCCUGGUGGCUUCGGCAGCGUUGACGGAGCGCCUGCUCCUGCCGCCACUGCGCUGUCACCGGCCGCCGCGGACACCUACGGGACGGACGCGGACGCGGCCCUGGCAAAUGCAGCGCUCCAGAAUCUGUACGCGCCGCCGCCCCUGCUGCCGGCUGCAGUACCGGCACCUGCCCCUUCGAUGGUGUUCCCUCCCAGGGUGGCCCCAGCACCAGCGCCCGCAAGGAACCCACGCGUGUCGUCCUCGUCCCUGGCAGACUCUCCGCUCGCAGCGCCGGAGCAGCCGCCCCCGUACGCACCGCCGCCGCUUGGCAACGUGACGCUCACCUUCACGCCGCCGGCAGGGCCGGCGGAGGACAUCGGUUACUACCCCGGUGAUCCCAACGCGCCCCCGGCCGCGCCAGAACUGGCGCUGGCCCCGGCAGGCGCCGCCAUCCCGGCCGCUGCGCCGGCCCCGGAGCCCAGCAUCACCGAGAUCGGCGGCGGCGCAAGGCGGCCAACGAAGCCGGCCGCGCCCGCGCCCGCUCCCGCUGCCGGAGCGCUCCCUUCGCCACAGCUCGCGCCUGCGCCAAGCCUUGCCGCUCCUGUUAGCGCUCCGGCCCCGGCCCCGGAGGCCGCGGCGUUCGGCGGCGUCCCUGCACCGGCCCCGGGGCCUAUUUUGGCACCUGACCUGGCUGCAGCGUUCCCUCCAGCAGCAGCAGAGGGCACGCCUGUACAGGCACCGGCACCGGCUGCUGUAUCGGCGGCGGCGCCUGCGCCGUCGGUGGCGGCUGCACUGGCGCCCGGACCGGCAGGGCAGCAGGUGGUGAACCUGGCGCUGUCCCUGGACAGCCCAGGGCUAGCCAACCUGUCACCCGCCAACAAGGCCGCCAUCCAGCAGGCGCUCGCCAAGCAGCUCAACCUUGCUCCGGAGCAGAUCAUGGUGGUGGGGGUGCGCUCUCCAGGCUCAGUGCCGACGCGGCGGCGCACGAUGCUGCAGCAGGCGGGGCAGACCAGCCAGGCCAGCGUGGUGGACGUCCAGAUCAGGCCUGCGCCAGAUCAGACGGCGGGCGUGCUGGCAGCUCUCUCACAGGGCUCGUUCCCAGCUGCAUUCAAGGACCAGCUGGCCAGCGCUGGUCUGCCGGUCCAGUCAGCAGGGGUGGCUGCGGUGAGCCAGAGCGUUGCACCCCCUGUGAUCCCCUCACCCCCAUCUCCUGAGGAGAGGAAAGAGCUCGAGAACGAUGCCGCCCUGGUUGGCUACAACCUCAAGAUGAUCAGGAUCCACGGCUGGCUCAUGUUUGCAGCCUUCGUCAUCUUCCUGCCAUUUGCCAUCCUGACGGCGUUCGCCUUCAAGAACUGGCAGCCAUACUGGUUCUACGUCCACAUCACUGCCAUAGUGCUAGCGCUGGUCUCAGCGGCGGCUGGCCUGGUUGUGGGCUUCACUCUAAUCAAUGAUGACACGUAUGAGUGGGUACACAAAUGGGUGGGGACGGCUGUUGUGGCCGCUCUCCUGAUCCAGGUUGUUAUUGCCUUUUUGGUGCGGCCACCGCCGGACUCGAAAUUCAGGAAAUACUGGAACAUGGGGCACUAUUGGUGGGGCCGCUUCAUUCUGGUGGUCUCUCUGGGCAAUUUCUUCUUUGGGCUCUGGAUGCUGCACUCCACUCCACUGUUCUACAUCGUCCCCACCGCGAUCCUGCUCUUCUGGUGUUUCGUCGGCAUUGUCAAGGAGCUGUUCAGCUGGUCGCGGCUAGGCUCGCGCAAGAAUCGCACCAACGCGGCAGAGACGCUGCGCAUGGACUACCACAUGCGCGGCGGCCCGCGUAAGCCCAUACAGGAGCUCUACUCUGCUCCGGUGCCGGGCAACGGCGCCUCGCUGCACACCCGGCCGAGCUACAUGGGGGCUGGAGGCAACGCCGCAUACGGCAACCCCCACAGCGGCGGCAGCAGCGGCUGGACGGAGCUGAGUACGGCGGUGAACAGCCAGGGGGUUGCACCAGGGGGACCGCAGAAGGGAGCGGCGGCGGGGGGACCCGGGGGACCGUCGAUGCCACCGAGCGCGUUUGCGGCGCCGGGCCGGGUGGAUCCGGGGGACUGGGGGGACGAGGACGGGGGCCCCCUGCGCGAUGCCGGGGGGCCCAGCGGCAGCAACCUGCCGCGGCCGCCGCUGCAUCCGCUGCCCAGCCACGGGUCGUUCUCCUCGCAGCUGCCGCCGCGGCCAAGCGAGCUGCUCAAGGAGGGCAAGGUGGGGGCGGGGGAGCAGAUAAUAGCGCGGCGGCGGAACCGGCGGCUGGUGCCGGAGGGCGUGCCGCUGAACAGCCGCCUCAGCGGGGGGCUCAGCGGCAACCUGGACGCCAAUAUAGGCAAGCGCGCGGCUGAUGCUUAUCGCCCCCGGCCGCGCCCCUCGCGCAUUCUGUCAACGCCCCCCGAGGAGAUGUUUGGGGACGAGGACAGUCCCCCUGCCCACACGGGGAGGCCUGCGGCAGGCCACAACGGGCUGCAGGGAUCACCCACUGAAAGCAACCAGAGCACGGACGAGAAUGACCUCCCGCCGGCUGUGAAGGCCCGGAUAAACUCGUACUACAAGUGA